AUGCGUGUCUCCAACGGACACAAGGCGGAAAGAGGCAGUUUGCAGAUGCCGACAGAUGUGCCCGAAGACAGGCUCAACAUCGAGGAGAAAGCGACGAAGUGCGACAGUAUGACUCUGUCCAGCACCCCAACUGUGCGCAGAGGAAGCACUCCUCUGCCAAUUAAGCACCAGCUGAGACGAGAAGAAGCUGUCCACGAUGACUGCGAUUGGACAUCAGGUGCAGCUGGACCUUCUGCUUCCCCAAUCACCUUCAGCCCAGCCUUGGAUGACACUCUGACCGUGGCUGUGGAGGGCAGACCUGAUGGGCCUUUAAGAAUUGCCUUGCUGGGGCAGAACGGUGUGGGGAAGUCUUCUCUGGCCAUCGCCCUUGCUGGGGACAUGGACAGGACUGCGUCUGUGGACUCUGAAGGGGAGGGUUAUGUGCGCACAGUCACCGUGGAUGAAGAGGAGAGCACCAUCAUUAUCUAUGACAACUGGAGACAGGACCUGUCGGCUCUGCUGUGUGAGGUGUGUGUCCUGGUGUUUUCCGUGACUGACAGGCGUAGUUUCCACCGCACUGCUCAACUCCGACUUCUCCUGAGGGAGACUCAGCCCCAAACUCCCAUCAUCCUCGUCGGUAAUAAGAGUGACCUCGUUCGCACACGUGAGGUCACCUGUCAAGAGGCCAUGUCCAGCGCUGCCCUCUUCAACUGUCUUUAUCUGGAGAUCUCUGCCUCUCUGGACCACCGCACUCCAGAGCUCCUAGAGUGCGCUGUGCGGCUAGCCCGGGGCCAGCCCCCCUGGCCCCCGGGAACCAGUAUGGAGGACAUGAGCGGCGGAGGCCAACGUGAGAGCAUCACCUCCCGUGCCAAACGUUUCCUCUCCAGCCUGGUGCCCCGGUACCCACGAGAGCGAGAGGUGGGCAAGUUCCUGAGGCAGAAGUCCCGCUCGUGCCACGACCUGGGGGCGCUGUGAUCGGGCGCCACAGGAAGUUUAAGGGUUAGAUUGUUAACAGAGGUAGCUGGAAGGGAUGUAGUGUACCAACAAAGAGAGGAAGAGGGAGUGAUACAGCAAAAAUGAGGGGAGCAACAGAGGUGGUGUGAAGGUGCCAGAGUGCUGGCAGGACAAUGUUGUGAGUGAUCAUCAUGUGCAUCCAGCAGAGGAAAACAGGGAGGAUGAUGUUGAUAGGCUGAUGGAGAAAUGUUGUACACCAGACCAAGAAGCGAUGAGAAGGUGGAGGAUAAAAUGCUGUUGUAGAGCACAUGUAAAUAAACUAUCGUAGUGAUACAUAACUGCCACCCUCAUAGCUUUGACAACUAAAUAAAUUGUUUUUUUGAGUCUU